AUGGGUGUCACUAGGAAAAUUGUCACCAAGGGCAACGGCACCGAUAGACCCAAGAAGGGGGAUACCGUCACCAUCGAGUACACUGGCAACCUCUACGACGAGGCCAAGGGCUCCAAGAAUGAUUUCCGAGGCAAGCAGUUCGACUCGUCCAAAGGCCGGGGACCCUUCAAGACCGAGAUUGGCAUUGGCAAGGUCAUCAAAGGCUGGGAUGAGGGUGUGACGGAGAUGUCCCUGGGAGAGAAGUCCAUCUUGACAAUAUCAGGUGACUAUGCCUAUGGUGACCGUGGAUUCCCUGGCCUCAUCCCACCGAACGCCAGCUUGGUCUUUGAGGUGGAACUCAAAGCUGUCAACGACAAGAAGGCCUAG